UUCAAGUCCUCAAGGACCUAAAAGCGGCGUGGGGGUCGACCUUCAACGCCAAAGGCUGGGGUGACGACAAUCCCGACUGCACCACAACUGCCUACAUCACCUGCGACGGCGACGGGUGGAUCACGAAAAUGAUCCUCAAAUUAAAGAACCUCGGGGGCAGCAUUCCUGCUACCUUCAGUUGGCUAUUUAAACUGCAAACACUUGACCUCUCAUACAACCGACUCACAGGCAGCCUCCCUAAUACUUUCACUUCGCUCCUUAAACUGCAAUCCAUAUCUCUACAUAUCAAUCAGUUCACGGGCACCUUUCCUCAUACCAUUGGCUUUCUUUCAGACUUGACACUCCUAAGAGCUGAUCUCAAUCAAUUAACUGGAUCAAUUCCUGCCCAACUUGGCAGUCUAAAAAAACUGAUAACUCUGAGUCUGCACUACAAUCGGUUCACAGGAUCUCUCCCCUUUGAGCUUGGUUCCCUGACAAACCUAAAAUCCAUGACUCUGUUUUCGAAUCAGCUCACUGGACCAGUUCCCAAUUCUUAUAGCUCGCUUACUGCCCUGACCAACCUGAACCUGUACAACAAUUUACUUUCCGGCUCAUUCCCAGACACCUUUGGCAACCUUAAAGGCCUACAAAACCUGAUAAUUGGAAAAAACAAGUUCACUGACUCAAUCCCCACAGCCUUGUUCACUCUUACAAACCUCGCUAGCCUGUCUCUUUCUGAAAAUCAGCUCACAGGCCCAAUCUCUGUAGGCAUCAGUGCUCUUACAAAACUUAGGGCACUUGGCCUCUCAUACAACCAGCUUUCAGGCAGCAUCCCUGCUGAACUCAGUGCCCUUAACCAGCUGUAUUCAAUUGAAUUGGAAUACAACAAGCUCUCAGGAAGCAUCCCUGCGGAAAUCAGUGCCCUCACUCAACUGAAUUUUCUGCCACUUCGCAGCAACAACCUUACUGGAUCUAUCCCGACUGAACUCAGCCUUAUGCCAGCCUUGAGAGAUAUUGAUGUUUCGUGCAACCAGCUCACAGGCGGCAUCCCUGCUAGCUUCAGCGAUCUAACUAGCAUGGGAAAAUUUGAUAUUUCAUGCAACCAGUUCACGGGCAGCAUCCCAGCUACCUUCAGUGAUCUACAAGAACUGGGAUCUUUAAAUGUCUCUUAUAAUCAGCUCAACGGCUCACUUGAAGCUAUUGGAACUAUUUCUGCCCUAUAUUCCAUAGAUCUUUCAUCAAACCAGUUCUCAGGCAGCAUCCCCGACAGCUUCAGUCGUAUAGCUUGGCUGGGAUACUUAUAUCUAGGAAACAAUGCGCUCAGUGGCUCUUUUCCGGCCGUCUUGAGUUCCCUUACAUUCUUGACAUGGCUGGCUCUAAACAACAAUCAGUUCAGCGGCACAAUCCCCUCAGACAUCAGUCUGUCUGGAUACCUGGAAGACAUAAACCUUGCCGGAAACCAGUUCACUGGACCCAUCCCUGAUGGAUUCAACUCGCUUACAAAACUCACUCGACUUGACCUUUCAUCGAACCAGUUUUCAGGCAGCUUCCCCGAUGGCUUUAGCAGGCUCAACAAAUUGCAAAGCUUGCGUCUCCUCAAGAACCAGCUCACUGGCUCAAUCCCUUCUGGCAUUGGCAAUAUGGAUCUGACUUUCCUGUCUUUAAGUUACAACCAGUUCACUGGCGCUAUCCCCUCUGAAAUUGGUUCCCAAAAGAAAUUGUUAGCCCUUGAUCUUUCAUCGAACAAGUUCUCAGCCAGCUUCCCUGCUAGCUUGACAGAACUCAGUAAACUGCAAAAAUUGCGUCUUGACAACAUGGGGUUGACUGGCCCUAUCCCUACUGUGAUGUACUCCUUGACAUCACUGAAAGAACUGUCUAUAGUUAACAGCCAAAUCAACGGCUCAAUCCUCCCAGCUAUCACCACUCUCUCAAACCUGGAAACUCUGGACCUUUCCCGCAACCAGCUCUCUGGGCCCAUCCCUUCGAAGCUUGGCUUCUUGGACCGUCUGGUCUCACUGAACUUAGCCUUCAACGCGCUUUCCGACUCCAUCCCUUCGAAAUUCAGCUGGUUAUCCAAUCUCGUCUACCUGGAUUUAAGGCUGAACGACCUAAGUGGGCCUCUCCUCCCAGCUACGAUCACCCCUCUGAAGAGUCUCCAGGAGCUGUGGCUUGAGAGGAACAAGAUCACUGGCUUCAUUCCAACAGUCAUUGGCAGCCUGACCAAUCUUAUGCAGCUGUCUCUUGCCAACAACCUGCUGUAUGGAAGCAUACCAGACGCAGUCACCUUGCUCACAAAACUCAAGACUUUCGACCUCUCUCGCAACUAUUUCACAGGCCCCAUAGUGAAGCCAGCUAACGUGCUGGCUGUGCUUUCAUACAACUACCUCUCGGGCACUCUGCCCGCACAGCCAACAGACUUGCUGGAUUCAAACUGCUUCAAACUGGCUGAAGGGGAAACCACACCCCUGCAGCGUUCCGAAUCAGAAUGCCGGGCGUUUUGUGGCAUCUCGAUAGGUUCUGUCGCCCCUCUGUGCACGGGGCAUGGGGUGUGCUACCCCGAUGGGCCUAACUUGGUGCCUACCUGCUUGUGUGAUACCUUGCAAGGGUACAACGUGUUUCGACAGGUCUACUGUCUUGUUGAUGAAACGGACCUUGUCUCUCCAGUAGAAGGGGAGAUUCUCCCCGCGUCUACCGUGCUCACAGCAGGAGCGAAAAAGGAGGCAGUAGGGAUGUUCAACCCGGACCCAGUGCCACUCUUCAUGUACGAGGCUGGGCGUGUGUACCCAGGCUGUGGGUUCGAGCUGGCCUUCAGUGUCAACUUCACCUUUGCCCUCUCGCCUAAGGGCAAGGCCACGUCAAACGGCUUUGCCUUUGUCGUUUCGGCAACCAACACAGUGGGGAGCGACGUUGGAGUGGGCUACGGUGGGAUGGACACCCGAAGCAUGGCGGUUGAGUUUGACGUGGUUCAAAACAAGCCGCAAGACAACAUGAAAGACCCGCACGUGGGGGUGAACAUUCAGGGCCAGGAGAAAUCAGUCGCAGCUGUGAAGUCCCCGUUCCCACUGGCCAACAAGAAGCCAUACACGGCAUGGGUGGAUUAUGUGCCUGGGGACCCGGGAUUCCUUCGGGUGUUCCUCGCAACAACGGCAGUGAAGCCAAUGAAGCCGCUGAUAGAGACGCGGCUGUCGCUGUGUGCGGUGCUGAAGCCAGGGCCGCCCCAGGCUGUCCCAGAGCAGCCGCGGGCGUUCUACUUUGGCUUCGUGGCGUCCACUACAGUGAAGCCGUUCAUGAUUCAUACCAUUACGAGCUCUUACCUGCGCACAGGCGCUCCUCCUCCACCUGCAACAGUCAACAUCAAUCCAGCCUACGGUCUAAACGUAACGCUGAAUACAUACGUGCCCGUACGGGCGAGCCCCUUCCCGCGCUAUGUGAGUGCGGACUACCGAGUGUCAGCCGGGCAGAAGGACUCGUGGGUCUUCAGGGACCUCCACUCCUGGGACUCCGUGCCCUUCCUCGGCUGGCCCGUCAAGGACCAGGGCGAAUGCAAUGCAUGCUGGGCAUACGCAGUGGUGUCGAGCAUAGAAGCAGCAUACGGCAUCGCGACAAACCUAGAGGCGCCGAAGCUGUCAGUGGAUUCACUCUUCACAGCCAUGGGUCUCACCACCCAGACAGCCAAGUGCAACGCUGGAGGCUCACCCACUGAUGCCUUCGAGAAGCUAAUGGCGCUGCCUAAGGGGGCCAUUACUAUGGACGGCAAUAAGAAAAUCACGUACCCUGUUCAGGGCUUUGAGCGCACUGCCUUCAAGGGGUAUGUGGGGCUUUUGCUGGCAGUGCAGAAGCAGCCAGUGGUGGUUCACCUGGAGGCCACUGUUGCCUCGUUUGCAAAAUACGACGGGACUUUCAAGUACCAGGACCCUGGCUGCUAUACUGGCAACCUUAACCACGUUGUACUCGUUGUUGGCUACUUCGUUUUGAGAGAUGAUGGGAGUGAGAACCGCAUUGCGCCUCCCUUUUGGAUCAUCCGCAACUCGUGGGGCGAGGAGUGGGGAGACAGGGGCCACAUGCGCAUGGACAUGCAGGGAGGGGAUGGCGUGUGUGGCAUCAACGUGCUGCCUGGCAUCUACCCCAUUGUCAAGAUUCCCAAGGACCCAUGUGGCUUGAAGAGCUACAAGGGCGAUGGAGAUCUGCAGCCCAGCAUGAACCCGUGCGGUCGCUUCACCUGCAUUCCCAACCUCAAGACCAACAGCAACACCUGCAACUGCACCAUUCCGGAUCAGACCAAGCAGCCAUUUGUUGAGGCUGCAAACGGCUACGGAAACAUCUGCGUUUAUGUGGACGUGUGUGGGUCGUACUUCAAGAACCCUUGUGCCGUGGGCACAUGCAUCAACGAUGGCAAGGGCGCCUACUCCUGCAUCUGCCCUCCCAACUACGUCCCCAGCCGAACCAUCGAUAACUUCCCCACCUGCGACCCAGGUGCUGCCUUCUCCCACACCUUCCGGUGCCUCUUCUUCCCUCCAACAGCUUAG